GUCACUUCCCCAUUUGGUGGCCGCUUCCUGGUUGGGUGGCCGCCCCGCCCCCUGCACGUGGUGGCCGGGCCCCUCUCUCUGUCUGGACUUCCCCGGCCAUCCCCAGCGCCAGGGCGGUCCCCACCCAGCUCCUGGGAGCACACUGGCUCAGCGGCCGCACCAUGGUCCCCAGGCUCCUCCUGGCCCUCGCCCUCUGGGCUGGCUGCUCAUCCUGCGGAGCAGGGGAAGGCCACCCCGCAGCUGCCGCCCAGCCCAGGGUGCAGUGCCGGGCGCCGAGGUACCCGCUGGCCGUGGACUGCUCCUGGGACCUGCCGCUGGCUCCCGACCCUGCCGGACCCCCGUCCUUCGUGGCCACGUACAGGCUCGGCUUGGCCGCCCGCGGCGAGAGCUGGCCCUGCGUGCAGGCGGCGCCCGAGGCCGCGAGCUGCAGCAUAGCCGACCUGCGGCUCUUCUCCCCGGUGCCCUACGUCCUCAACGUCACGACCCUGCACGGCGGCAGCAGCUUCACGGCCUUCGUGGCCGAAAACAUCAUCAAGCCCGACCCUCCCGAGGCCGUGCGUCUGAGCCCCCUGCGGCAGCGGCUGCGGGUGCAGUGGGCGCCCCCUCGCUCCUGGCCCCUCCCUGACGUCUUCGCGCUCAAGUACUGGGUGCGCUACCGCCGCCCGGGGGCCGCCCGCUUCCGGCAGGUGGGCCCCACCGAGGCCACGUCGGUCACCCUCAGGGCCCUGCGGCCCCACGCCAGGUACCAGGUGCAGGUGGCCGCACAGGACAUCACGGACUCCGGGGAGGCCAGUGACUGGAGCCUGCCUGUGGCUGUGCCCUGACCCUGGGGCGGGGUCCGGGGACCCCCGGAGGCCCGCCCUGCUGCUGGGCAGCUUCGGAUGCGCGGCUGGGCCUCGGUGUGCCGAU